UGAAAGAGAAAGCUGCAAGGUAGCCAAGCCACCUUGCGCAGUACGAUGGGGGGACAGCUAACGAGAAGCACAAUAUACGAUUCCAUUGGUGGGCCCUUUCCUGCUUCCUCUCAUCGAUGCCACCACAAGCAAAAGCAAUCUCUACCCAUCUCACAGUGUGGCACUCUCUCUGUCAGCCCACUGCUUUUCCAUCCUCACACCAAGGGGUCACAGAUCAUUAUGGACACCACUCAGAAAGUGGUCAAGCGACAGGCAAGUUUCUGCAAUGCCAUCACCUUCAGCAACAGGCCAAUAGUCAUCUAUGAGCAAAUCAGGCUUAAGAUCACAAAGAAGCAGUGUUGUUGGAGUGGAGCUCUUCGACUGGGAUUUACAUCCAAGGAUCCCUCUAGAAUUAAUCCAGAAACUCUGCCCAAGUAUGCAUGCCCAGAUCUGGUUUCUCAAACUGGAUUUUGGGCAAAGGCCCUUCCAGAAGAAUUUGCAAAUGAGGGAAAUAUCAUAGCAUUCUGGGUGGAUAAAAAGGGACGUGUAUUUUAUCGUGUUAAUGAUUCUGCUGCAAUGUUGUUCUUCAAUGGGGUAAGGACAACUGAACCAUUGUGGGCUUUGAUUGAUGUCUAUGGACUCACUCGUGGAGUGCAACUAUUAGAUAGUGAAAUUAUUCCUCCUGAUUGCCUCCGUCCAAGAUCCUUCACAGCUAUCCGCCGACCCUCAUUACGCAGAGAUACUGAGGAUACCCGUCUGUCUGUGAGCCUUUGUGAUCUCAACUUGCAGGAGGACAAUAUCCAUGUCAUGACUGCCAUGUGUCCUAUUCCACAGAAUUCCCUCAACUCUCAGCAUUCCCACCUCCUCCCAUCUCAACUUGAAAGCGACCUCCGCUUCCAUCAACUCAGGGGAGCCCAUAUUAAAAUUCUGGAUGACCAGACUGUGGCCCGUCUGGACCAUGCUCGAGACGAGAGAACUUUGGUUUUUACCAGCAGACCGCUUAGAAUCAAUGAGACAAUAUUUGUCAAAAUCAAUAAAUCCAACACUUCGCGUACUGGGACACUGUCAUAUGGGGUAACCACUUGUGAUCCUAGCACCCUGAGACCCAGUGACCUUCCUUAUAACCCAGAGUCUUUAGUUGAUCGAAAAGAGUUUUGGGCAGUCUGUAGAGUGCUUGUGCCUCUCCAGAGUGGAGACAUCUUGGGAUUCAUGGUGAAUUCAGAAGGAGAACUGCACUUGAGUCACAAUGGAGCAAGUGCAGGCAUGCAAGUAUGUGUGGAUUGUUCCCAACCAUUAUGGAUGUUCUUUGGUUUACAUGGAGCAGUGAUGCAAAUUCGUGUCCUGGGUUCUACUCUCACGGCUGAACACCUGGGACCCUCAGCAUCAAGCUCACCCACCUCAUCUCCCAAUUCAUCUUCCAUUCUCUGCAAUGAUGUUUCUGAUCCUGUCCUAUGUAUAUCUGGUUCUGGCCCACUUGGCAGCUCACUUAGUGGUACGGCUCCAAACUCUCCAAUCAGUAUGCCAGAAUCCCCUCUUUCCUCUUCCAUCUCAGGAACUUGGAAUGAUGAGUGUACUAUCUGCUAUGAGAAUAUGGUGGAUACUGUGAUUUACUCCUGUGGACAUAUGUGUCUGUGUUAUACAUGUGGGCUCAGACUCAAGAAGAUGGCUAAUGCCUGUUGUCCUAUCUGUAGACGUUCCAUCAAGGACAUAAUCAAAACCUAUCGCAGUACUUAAAGUUGCAUGGCAGGAAGGGUAGGAACUAGGAAGAGGAUCUUCAUAAAACCUAACCAGGACAAGGAAGGUGGGAGGAAGUGGUUCCCUUCUUUAAAUAUGUAGCUAAUUCUGAAUGUGGUUAACCGUGGGCACAGCCUUCUCCCACCUGAAAUUUGAGGGCUAAAAAUGUCUUCUUUCCUUGGCAUCUAACAAAGUGCUCCUGUGAACAUUUAAUAUGU